ACUCCAAUUUAUCUCUUGACUCAAGUCUUGAAAAUGGUAUCUACAUCAGAAGCUUUGAUAGCCGUGUCAGACUCCAUACUUAACUCAUUCACAUCUCUCUCAAAAUUAGAGUAUAACAAGAAGGGUCGCGUCUAUCGUUACGUCAACAAUGACUUCCAGCGAAUCAGAGAAGAAGAUAAACAUUUGGUCAUAUAUCCUCAAGAUCUCUCAAUGAAUAUGGCUCAAAUUUCGGCAUUCAAUAUACUAAGUAAUAUAAGUGAUGGUCGAAUCUUGGAAACUUUUCCUGAUUUUUGCUGUGCGAUCUUAGGAAUAGCUAAACAGUUAGAGGUAAAUAAUUGGUACGAAAUAGAAAAUACAAGCGUGGUCAACUAUCAAAAUUGUAAAUUUGAUCCUUUGGAGUGUAAAGAUGAAUGUGAGGCUUGGUUGAAUGAACAUACUGUUACAGACGACCAUAUAUCAGCCGGUAUAGAUUUAAUGAUCUGCUCGAAGUUGAAUUUCCUUCACACAGACCAUCAUAUUGGAACUAAAAUUGAAGGUUAUUAUAUGAAACAUUACUUAUCAAAAUUUAACCAACAAGAUGAAUUUAACAAAGAUAAUGAAGAAAAUGAGGACGAAGCAUUCUCAUCAGAGGAUAUCUUACACUCAUCUGAUGUAUUAGUUGCCCUCAAAAGUUUUGUGCACUGGGGAAAUAUCAAAGGUAUUUUAUACAAGCUUGACGUUCCCAAUAUCAAUAUCUCUGAAGAACUUCGACAUUCCUUUGCUGAUUUUCCAGAUCCAUCACCCGAAUUAAAGUUAUCUGUAUACGACCGAUACCCCAGUGGAACAUCCAAAUAUUCAUUAAUAAGAAAGCUGAUUGAUAUAUUAGGUGAUUGGCAUUAUUCCAAACUUAUACCCUUUCCACCAUCAAGUGAUCAAGAUAUUCAGCUUAAUUGGCUAUACGAGCUAUGUCAUGAUAUUGAAAAGAACCCACUCAAAUAUCACUUACGUUCGCUUCUGAAAAGUCUUUAUAUUGAUCCGAUAAACUUGAACGAGUUACUGCAGAUGUAUUCUCAACAAUGUAAAACUCUCCUUUCAUUGGUUUCAAUCCUUCUUAACACUUUCAUUGAUAUGGAUACAGGUGGGGAAUAUCUCUUAAACAAUUCCAAAAUCCCAAAGUUUGACGAUAAAUUUGUCAGCAACAACAGGAUCUUCUACGAUAAACUAAUAGAGAUAAGGGAAUUAAUCCAAAGUUACGAAACAAAAGGUUGGGAUAAAGAUGAUAUAGUCUUGCGGCUCCAAGGAAACAAAGAUUUGAUUGGCGAGCUGACUCUUUUCGAUAAGGUUAUGGAGAUGAGAGAAAAGUUCAUAGAUGAUUAUGAGUGAGCAACUGAUAGAUAGAGUAUUCAUUUAAGUAUAUAGACCCCCUUAUUUCAAACUUCGUAUAAUAUGUCCAAUUUACCCCACAAAGAUAAUUUGUUGAACGACCUUUAAAC